AUGGCCCGCGUUUUGGUCGGCGUUAAGCGCGUAAUCGAUUACGCGGUGAAGAUCCGCGUCAAGCCGGACAAGUCUGGCGUCGUCACCGACGGCGUCAAGCACGGCCUGAACCCGUUCGACGAGAUCGCCGUCGAGGAGGCCGUCCGCCUUAAGGAGAAGAAGAUCGCGUCCGAGGUGAUCGCCGUGUCAUGCGGCAUACCCCAGGCCCAGGAGUCGCUGCGCACCGCUCUCGCGAUGGGUGCAGACCGUGCCGUCCAUGUCGAGGUGCCGCAGGCCCAGUACGACACUCUGCUGCCGCUGCACGUGUCCAAGAUGCUGGCCAGGGUCGCGGUGGACGAGAAGGCAGACAUUGUCAUCGUUGGCAAGCAGGCCAUCGACGACGAUUCCAACCAGACGGCCCAGAUGACUGCAGCGAUAUUGGGCUGGCCGCAGGCCACGUUCGCUUCAGAGGUGACCGUAGCGGACGGCAAUGUGCUGGUGAAGCGCGAGGUGGACGGUGGCUUGGAGACAGUCAAAGUCAAGUUGCCAGCAGUUAUCAGUGCCGACCUGCGGCUCAAUGAACCACGGUAUGCCACGUUGCCAAACAUCAUGAAGGCGAAGAAGAAGCCCAUCAAAAAGCUCACGGCUGCAGAUGUUGGAGUGGACUUGGCGCCACGUCAACAAGUUUUGAGCGUAGAAGACCCGCCCACCAGACAGGCUGGUUCCGUUGUACCUGACGUCGACACUCUCAUUACCAAGUUGAAGGAAAAGGGUCAUUUGUAA